GCGGGGAGAAGCUCUGGGACAGUCAUGGCAUCCAGUCUGGAGGUGCAGAGCCUUGUGGAGGAGCUGACCUGCCCGAUCUGCCUGUCGCUGUUCACGGAGCCGGUCAGGCUGCAGUGUGAGCAUCACUUCUGCCGCGGCUGUAUCAGUCAGUGCUGGGGCCCCGAGGGCUCCGAGCCGCUGUGUCCGCAGUGCCGGAUCCUCUGCUCGGACAGGGUGCUCAAGCCGAACCGGGUGCUGGCUAACCUGGUGGACAAGCUGCAGCGGCUGGGCGAGCAAGAGGAGCUGAAGGCGAGUGGGGAGAUCCAGUGUCCCGAGCACCAGGAACAUCUCAAACUCUUCUGCCGGGAUGACCGUGAGCUGGUGUGUUUGGUCUGCAGGGAUGAUCCCGGACAUUCCCAGCACAGUUUCCUACCUCUGAAGCAAGCUGCCUCCCUCUACAAGAAUGAGUUCAAUGAGCUUCUCGCAGUGGAAGAACGGAAACAGAGGAAGAGGAGUCUCCUCAUCACCCAGCAACAGGAGAAGAUUGCUGAGCUGGAGGAAACCUCUGGGGAGCUCUUGCAUCACCUCUCCUCGGAAUUCUCGAAGAUGCACCAAUUCCUCGUGGAGAAGGAGCAGCGUUUAAGUGACGAGCUCGAGCGAGAGAAGGAGCAGUGCCUGCAAACGAUGGAGGAGAAUCUGACUGCGAUUGAGACGGUCUGGUCAGUCACCGAGCAUGAUCUUUCCCAGCUCCGAGCCAGAAUCACUCAGCAAGCUGACUGCCUGUUUCUCAAGGAAUUCAAAGGAUUAAGAAAGCGAUUCCAGGAAAUGGGACAAAAAACAGAAGCGAGUGUGGUAAGCAAAGGCCUGGAAUUGGGAAUAUUCAAGGGACCCCUGCAAUAUACUGUCUGGAAAGAAAUGUUCCAAAUCCUCUCACCUGUGCCAGCACCGCUCACCCUGGAUCCCGGCACAGCGCAGGCCAGGCUCCUGCUGUCCGAGGACCUGACCGCGGUCCACGCCGGCGCUGAGAGGAGAAACCUACCGAACAACAGGGAGAGGUUUGAGCCCUGCACCUGCGUGCUGAGCAGCCAGGGCUUCAGCUCCGGCCGGCACUACUGGGAGGUGGCGGUGGCCAACAAGACCGACUGGGACUUGGGCUUGGCCCGGGAGAAUGCCCAAAGGAAGGGCCAGAUCACGCUGAUGCCCUCGGUUGGCUAUUGGACCAUAUGUCAGAGGCGAGAGCACACCUACGGGGCCCUGACUGCUCCCUCCACCCUCCUCAAACUGGGCGCCAAGCCCAAGAAGGUAGGGGUCUACCUGGAUUACGAGGGAGGGCAAAUCUCCUUUUACAAUGCCGACAGCAUGACCCACCUCUACACUUUCACCGACACCUUCAACGGCAAACUGUUCCCCUUCUUCAACCCCUGGUUAAACACCAGGAACUCCGAGCCCCUCAAACUGUGCCACGUGAAACUGUAACGGGAUCGGGGGAAGGGGGAACGGGGCACACCUCGCUAGAGCUCGAACGUUGGUUUGGGGAAACGUGACGCACAAACCUCCCGGGAAAUCCAACAGGUCGGGGCCUCAGCCUGUUGGGAGUCUCUGGAAUUUGCCAGUCGACCCACUGCCUCCUGGUGUCUGCCUCACCCUGCCCCAGCCUCUCCAUUAUUUGUCAGCACUUGCUAGUUAUCCACAUUAAUCCCUCCCCCACUACCCACCACCCCCCCCCCCGUCCCCUCGCCCUGACAAGCAGUUUAAACUUGUGCCUAUCACAUGGAUCCAUCUUGCUUAAUGCCAUGCCAGUCUGCAGACUGAGUCACCCUGGAGUUUUCUAAAGUUGAAACCUUGUCAUACGAAAAUGUAUUCUGCAUCUUCUCUCCCUUAUUCUCAGUCCAGUACAUCUUUCCCUCUAUUUCUCUCUCUGGACCUGAUAUUGAUCCUAAUUGACACAGCGUUCUUCACCACGCGUUCCUCCAUGGUCUUCUCCAUCUUUAACUCUCAGGAUGGUCAGUCCUGCUGUUCCCUGUGGUCCCACUGUCCUCACUGAGUUGAUGUCAUCAACGCACAUGCCCAGCAGACUAGGACACGCAAGGAUUUUGACGACACGCAGAACAAAGCAGCCUGCUGGAUUGGCACCCCAUUGAGAAACAUUUCCUCCCUCCCGCAAUCAGUGUUCAGUCGCAGCAGUGUGCACCAUCUACAAGCUGCACUGCAGAAGGUCACCAAGGCUCCUUAGACAGCUCCUUCUAACCUCACCACCACUGCUGUGUCGCAGGAGAAGGGCAGCAGAUACCUGGGAACCUGCAAGUGCCCCUCCCACCAUCCUGACCUGGAAAUACAUCGUCGUGCCUUUACUGUCAGUGGGUCAGAAUCCUGGAACUGGCUCCCGCAUGGUAGCAUGGGUGUAACUCCAGCAAUUCAAGGAGGCAGCUUACCCCCCUCCCCGCUUUCUCGGAGGUAACUGGGAGUGGACAAUAAAUGUUGGCCUGGCCUGUGACAUCCAUGUCCCAUGAAUUAAUAAAACACGAACAAAUUGGACUCAAUCUGAAGGCUGUAGGACACUGUAACUGACCAUGCCACGAGAUGAAUUUUACAUCUCACCCAUGCUGGGUGUGUUUUUGAUGGGGUAAGGGUCACAUUAAAUACAAGGGCUGGUCAGCUCACCACCACCCCACUCACUUGUAAGUGCUGUCACUCACUCUGGUGGGAGAAGGGAAGGAGUUCCCAAAUCUGCUGCCUGCUCACCAUUUUUGACUAACGAAUGAAUGGGCCAUUAAGCUGCUCCUGUUGCUGAGUAAUCAACCCAUUUUUAAGGGCACAUGGCACAGAAAGAUGCAGGAGAGCCAGAAAAGGGAUGUCAAAUUCUCACAGUAAUUAAGAGCACAGGACUGUUGUGUUUCAGUCAGUCACCUCCUUUAUCUGUUGCCCAUUUAAUUCAGAGUCCUUUACUUCAAUGUAAACGCGUAUGAAGUGACUGUGUUCGCAGGUCAGUGACUAAUCCUGUUCUGUAAAGUGCCUGGAGAUGUUUGCUUCUCUAUUAAAGGUACGGUUGAAA